UUAUUUAUUGUUCUUUGUUUUUAUUGUUUUACAUAUAAAGCGCUUUAGGGUAAUUGUCUUAAUUAGAUAUGCGUUCCAUCAAAGAAAGCACACACGAUCUCUAUGGAACGUCAAAUUAACAUAAACUCAAAUAAUUGAAGAUAUCUUCAAUUAUUUGAAGAUAUCAUCAAUUCAAUUAUUGCUCUCUUUAAUUGAAUUAAUGCGCGCAUUAAAUCAAUUAUUGCUCUCAUCAAAUGAAUUAAUGCGCGCUUCAAUUCAAUUAUUGCUCUCAUCAAUUGAAUUAAUGCGCGCACCAAUUCAAUUAUGGCUCUCAUCAAUUGAUUUAAUGCGCGAAUUAUAUCAAUUAUUGCUCUCUUCAAUUGAAUUGUAGCGCGCAUCAAUAUUCAAUUGUUAAUAUCAUUAAUUCAUUUGAAGAGAUCAUUAAUUCAAUUAAAGCGCGCAUCAAUUCAGCAGAAGAAUUAAUGCUAUCAUCCAUUCAACUAAUGCGCGCAAUAAUUCAGAAUUGAAGAUAUUAUUAAUUAUUUGAAAAAAUCUUUAAUUAAAUUGUUGCGCGCAUGAAAUGUAUUGAUGAUAUCUUGAAAUAAUUGAAGAUAUCUUCAAUUAUUUGAGUUUAUGUUAAUUUGGCGCUCCAUAGAUCUCAACUAUUUUGAGAGCCAUCUCGUCAAAUCGGUCUGAAAAGAACGUUUAAAUUACACCCCCUGCAAGUAGUAUAUCAUGGCAUCUUUAUCAAAUCGUCUUCAAAGUUGUUUUUUUUCUAGAGGAUUCAUAUUUUUAAUUUUCUUUUUAAUUUUUUUCCCACAAUCCGGAAGACAGGGGCCUGUGUGCCAUAUAUUGAGCGUCAUGAAGGUUAAAGGGUGCAUAGGCUGUUCCGUUUAACGUAACGAAUGAGUCAACCAUGAUUUAGUACUUAAUCUAGUUUAUAAUUUCAGAAAAUACAUAAAAAUAUAAAUAAUAAAAUGUCGUUCUUUGUUGUUUCAUCGGAGAAUGAAGGUAGCAAUCAUUGCACAGGAAUUAUGAUUUUUUUUCUGCAAUGAUUGCUACUUUUAUCACUUGAUGAAACAACAAAGAAAGGAUUUUAUUGUUUAAAUCACGCCUUUAUAAUUGAUAUACACAUGUAUUAAGAAGACCGCCGCUCCUCUUUACAAAUCUACAUCUCGGGGAUAAACAAGGAAGCAAAUAUUCGCAUCACUACAAUGGUGGUCGAAGUCACGUGAUUCUUCCCUUGAACUUAUUAUCGGUGAUAUAAGCAAUCAAAAGUCUAAGUACCAUAACCAGUAAUAAAAUUAAGUGACCAGUUUAAUGGUUUAUUGUACUUAAUAUUAUCAUGCCCGCCGGUCUAGUAUACCCGCCUCCAUCAUCUGCUUACUCUGAUCUGAUAUUGUCCAGUCCACAGUAUUACUAUGUCCAAAAGGCUCGAUUAUUUAUCAUUUCUGAUUUCGCAAAAAUAUUGAUUCUACAUUUCUCAAAAAAUUAACUCGAAUAUCGAGGGUGCUCUUUUCAGUGACUUGGAUCAUAUCAAAAUACGCAUGAACCUCCACCCCACCCCAAAGAAAUAAAAACCACACACACAGAAAACCCCCACAAAUCAAACCUAGGGUACGUUACUUAGUGACGUGUAAGAUAUCAUUUUUCAAAAAGAUAGAAAUUGUACUUUUGAUCCAUUUCUUUCAACUCCUGAUAGAUGUAUGUAAUUUUCCUGUACAUGAUAUUAGAUACACUUUCAAGAGAAGAGCUUCUUUCCGAGUGGCCAUUGUGUAGCGUGUACUUGCUCAGCGACAUUAUUUUUAUCUACUCAGAGAGUGACAGUUUAUCUCACGCGGACUACAGCGGCAAAAUGUCCACGGUCAAUGUCUUCCUCUGCUGUCUGGUCGUGAUUGUUGGUGGAAGUCUCGGUGAUGGUGACUGUCCGAUUGGAUACAGUGCUUGCUCAGACACGAUAUGGUGCUGUCCCUCCGGAUAUAUUUGUACAGGAACUGCAACUUGUAUCUCAGUAGGGGACGAGGACAACUUACAACCAGAUAUGACCAGCAAUGUUGAUGACUAUAUGAUGUUGAUCUUGUAUCUCAAAUUGUGUAGAAUAGCCCAAGAUCUCAGUUUACUCCAUCUGAAUAAAAUGUAUUGUCAUUAUUCUCUUCGUAUAUUUUGUUGUACGAGAAGAUAUUUCUGUACAGAAGAUCAAUUAGGACAUAUCAAAAAUAUUUAUUGAAUUCCAGAAUUAGUCAUUACAAAUUUAAUUUAUUUCAAACUUUGAAAUUCGUUUUAACGGAUUAAAUUUGUUUUAACAGA